GACUGCAAAAUAAAACAAGAUCGGGAAAGUCUCAUAAGACAUCGACGCCGGUUUUCGAAAACUUUAAAUACUAAACGCAUAAUAUGGAUCAUUAGACAUCUUCAUUUGGAAUUACGCAAAAUAUCCCAUGAGAUAGAUUCUAUAUUCGUAACACAAAUGUCUUUCAAAAUGGCAUGCUAUUUUGGUUGGAUAGUGUUUGACAUCCGCCUAAUUUUUUAUAUAAUACUUAUCGAUAAUUAUGUGAAAUCUAAUAAAAUAAUGCAUGUAGCAAUAAACCUAUUAUGGUUUUUUCAUAACGUUUUUAAAUUUCUACUUAUUAAUUAUGUGUGCGAAACAGUUAGUAACAAGGCAAGUGCAACAGGAAAUUUAUUAAAUAGAUUAUUGUAUACCACUUAUAUAUAUGAUGCUGAAGUUCAUGAAAUCAUUUCACAAUUUUCAUUACAAACGGUACAUAUGCCACUUAAAUUCUACGGAAUAGGACUUUUUCAAUUUGGUUUCAAAUUUCUUCACAGGUUCAUCAUGUCAAUUGCAACCGUUUUAGUUAUAGCAAUACAAGGGCGAGAAAAUAAGUAA